GCAACGAUACAUUUGUAUUUUUAUUUACUAUAUUUUAAGGAUUAAUAUGCAACAUUUAUUAGGAUUUCGCGAAGUUAUACCUGAUCAAACAAUUCCAGAAAAAUGGCAAGAAAUAAAAUUAAAUACCGGUGGUACUCAGAGUACUUUGCAAGAUAUAAAGAUGACUGAAAGAGCCGGAGGCUAUGCUUUCAAAGACACCACUAAAUCCUAUACCCGAAAUAGAUUUAUAUACUGGAGAAGCAAUCAUGAUAUAUUAGAAUUGGUUGACACCAGCUUGGAUCUCAAUUUAUCUGGAAAUCAAUUGCGUUUGAAGUUUAUGAAUUCUCCUUUGCUUGAUGGUAUUACCAUUUACGAGGCCAAUGGAUUUGUGAUGUUGUUAGUAGCUACUGUUAGUAGUGUACAUAGGAUAACAUUUCCACAUCCUGAUAGUAUUCAUCGAAAUGAUAAAUUUUCAUUGCAGAAUGAUAUAACUGUACCUUCUAUAUUUCAUGAUGGUAAUCAUUCUCACAAUUGCCAUGUUCUCACUAAUACAGGUGCACCAUUACCCAAUACUGCAGCAAGUUGGCUAUCUCCAAAUGCAGAUUAUGGUGUAUUUGCAUUAGCUUUUAAUUCUGGUACACUUACUUGUGUAACAAUGGACUAUACAUCUGGAAAUAUCACCAGCAUAGACAUGAAAGAAGAUUCCUAUGUACCAAAAUUUAUUUCAAACUUUACAGGAGUAUUGAGGGGAAAGAGUAAUGAAAGUCAUUCAUGUAGUAGUUUAGCAUUGAUAUCUUUAAAUAAAGAAAUAUUCCUAUUCGGUGCUUGUCGUGAUGGCGAAUUAAGAAUGUGGAAUGUAAAGCGUGGAUCUUGUGUGGCUUCAUGUUCUCUGUCAGCUGGGGGCUUUGAUGUGAAACAUCUAUUACCAGGAGCUCAAGGCCACGUAGUGCGCUAUUGUAUUGAUAGCACAGGUGCUAUAUUACUAGCAAUAUUUUUAUGUCUUGGAAAUGAGAGUCAAAUUGUUAUAUUUAAGCCUGUUAUGGAGCAAUCAUCAUAUAAAUUUUUACGAGUUGCCAGCUUGUUCGCAGAACAGCAUGAUUUAGUAGAUAUGGCUUUAAGUGAAACACAUAUUUGGGCGUUAUGGUCAAAUUCACAAGGAGAACCGUCACUUAGUUGUUUGCUAUUUAAUAAUCAUUUUGGACUGGGUUUACAAUGGAUGUCGGCAUCUUUAGAGUCAGGUAGAGAACGAGACUGCUUAGGUGUAGAAAUUGGAACUGAUCCUAGGCAGUUGUAUUGUUCAUAUAUCUUUCAUCCAGGCCAAUUUCAAUUAUCAGUCAUAAAUAAAGCACUUAGUAUAUAUAGCCGUCAACCACUACUGAAUGAACUAAAUAUGUCCGCUUCCAUACUUAAGGAAAAAGUGUGUCAGGCUGUGGAAUUAGAGAUUCAUUCAGAAGUUGAAAUGUGUGAAAUAACAGAUGAUGUUUAUCUUGAAAUUGCUAGCAGAUGCUGGUCAAGAUUUUAUUCAUGCUGUUUGCAAUAUCAUUUAUCAGGAGCACGACCAUUAGGCCUUGUUACAUUAGAUCAAUCUUGUGGAGCUGCAUUAGUUCGCAGAUCCUUAAUAUCUAUCAUCAGACCAGUAGAACCUAUUGAACAUCUAGUUCUUUGUGGUGACUAUAAUACCACUGUACAGAAUUUUUCCUGCACUCCAUAUUUAAUGAAUAAACCAGGAUUGAAAGAGUUAAUUAAAUUGAUAUCUGGUCUUGUUAUGAUUGAAAGAAGGCUUCCAGAUGAAGUCAAAAGUGUUAUGGAAACUGAUUUAUAUAAACUAAAGAAGCCAUCAUUGAUAAUAACAGAAUUGGUGACUAGUCUGAAGAUGAGAGAGGACGAGGCAGUAUUCUCAAUGGAAUUUUUGGAUGAACUGUGGCAACAAGUGGGUUCUUUAGAAAGCCUGAAUGAAGCAAUUAAUCUUUUGUUAAGCAUUUUAGAUAUUGAGCAAAAUGAAGGUGGUGCUACAUUCAAUGACAUCAGUAAACAAGCUUUUUCAUCGAUGUCAGUAAGUCAUUUGUACGGCAGUCAUUUUGGCAUGUCUCUGAUUGUGGAAUCACUACGUCAAGUUGCUACAAUCAGGCUCAGUUUGUGUAGAAAUAUGUUAAUAUUGUUGCAACUUAUGGCUGAAGCAGAUUAUGGCAAUAAUGCUUUUCUGCAAUCAACACAACUGCAUAUCCAGGUUCUUCUUCAAAUUUAUCAUAUCAUGUUAUGGCUUUGUGAAACACCUACUAGUCCAACUCUGCCUACAAAUAUGCUUGAAAGCAGUAUUCUCCGUUUCUCUUCUUUGCAAUUGAAAACAAAUCUCCCAUCACCAAUAUCAGUUUCAAGAAGAACUUUAACACUGCUUGAAUUAUUUUUGAUGGGUGUUGGAGCUUCUAAAGUACUGAUCGAUAUGUCCAAAUUCAAAAUAAAUAAUAUUGAGUCAUGGCAUUCUUCAAUGCUGUCGUAUAUUCAUAUUCUAUUGAAGAUAAUCUGGCCUCUUAAUGACAAAUUUGCAUUUAGCGAAUGGCUUGUUGGCAGUGCACAACAUUUAUUACUCCAAGAAUAUGUGCGUUUGCUUUAUUGGUGUGAUUGGAACUAUUGCAGUCGACAAUUUAUUCUUGGUGUUUCACUUCUUGAAACCGGUGAACCCUACAAGGCUUUGGACUUAUUUUUACAAGCUUCACAGGGGAUUUCAAAUGAAUCAUUUUUAGUGAGAAAAAUUCUUUCAGGAAAAUCAGAGAAUUCUAUUCAAGAUCGUGUCACCUAUUACUUAAAGGUAUUAAAAUUAUUUGAAGAACAUGGAGCAUCAGAUUGUAUAAUAACUUUGGCAAAAACAGCAAUUGACAUUGCUCCUGCAGAUGAUCCAAAUGUUGCUAUGUUUCACUCCAUCAUGUUUAAAAAACAUUUGCUUUUAGAGCAUUUUGAAGAUGCUUAUAGAUCUUUAAGUUAUAAUCCUGACAAUAAUAUGAGGAAAGAUUGUCUACGAGAAUUAGUUGGUGUUUUGUUCUCAAAAAAGAAGUUAGAUAUGCUAUUAUCAUUUCCGUAUAUAGAGUUUUAUGAUGAUUUUCAAAAAAUUGUGGAAGGAAGAGCAAGGGCUUCUGAUAUAAUGACAACUCAAUAUUAUAACUUUUUAUAUUCUUUUUAUAUAAAUGUAGGAAAUAUGAGAAAAGCGGCAGCAACUAUGUAUGAGCAAGCAUGUAGACUUGGUGUUGAAUGUCCAAGUACUUUAAACACUUUACAAAAACAAAGAAAUUGUUUACUUUCAACAAUAACCGCACUACAUUUAGUUUCUCCUAAUUAUACAUGGCUGGUUAAACCACUAGAUAGGAACAAUUUGGAAGUUCAGCAUACAUCAAAACGUGAUCAAAAUGGUGAAAUUUUACCAGCUAAGCAGAAAGUAGACGUUGUAGAUCUUCGUGAAAUUGAAAAUGAAUUGGAACUUGUUAACGCUCGAUUAAAAUUAGCGAAACAUAGCACUGAAUCUCAGGCUCUUGUUGGAACAGAUAUCCAUGAGCUGGUUGGUUGUCUGAGUUCUGCCGGUCUUUAUACAACAGCAAUAUCUUUAUGUACAAAAUUAAAUGUUAGCAUGCGAGUUCCAUUUGAAAAUCUUGCCAGUGCUUGUGUUAGAUUAACUGAAAAUGAUGAUACUGAAGCUUGGAAUUGGAUGGUUUUGAACGAUUUAUCUGAUUUAGGAAUUCAUGAAAAAAAUGUGGGUAUAGUAGCAUGGAGGUUACUACAAAUGCUUUUAAAUCAGCACGAAAAGAAGUCCAGCACAGAAUUACACAUGGCUGUAACAAGAAAAUUAUUGAGUUUAGGAGCUUUUUUGCCAAGCUGGUUAAUGACAUCUUACAAAGUAAGAAAUGCUUCUGAGUUGUUGCGUUUAAUAUUGCUAUCGGGAAGACUUAUAGAAGCAACAGAUUUAUGCAAGGAAUACAUAUGGGCAGUUUUAGGACGUGGGUACGAAUUGUUUGGAAUGGACUCAUAUCUUUUGCCUACUUCACCUCCAGUCUGUAUGCCAAUUUCAACAAUAGACCAUUUGUUAAGUGAAUUAAGUUAUCUGAAAGAUGAUGAUGAAGUUUAUGGCAAGUGCUACUCCGAACUCAGUGAACUUGUUGAUUAUUAUGUAGAAAAUGUGAAGAAAACAUCUGUUGAUAUGAUUAAAUUUCGAAAGAGUGGUAUUCAUGGAUAAUAUUUUGUAAUUUUUAACAAUGAAAUAAACUGC